CGCAGCCUGGCCGACGGCCGCCUUUACGCCCUGAAACGCAGCGCCCGCCGUUUCCGCGGCCCAUCGGACCGGAACCGGAUCCUCUUAGAAGCCUUCCGCCAUCGAGCCGUGGGUCGGAACCGACACUGCGUCCAACUUUGGGCCGCCUGGGAAGAACGCGGGCUGUUGUACCUCCAAAGCCAGCUGUGCGCCGACGGUAGCCUGGCAACAACAACAACCACCGCAACCACAACAGGCGCACAACGACGCAACCGCCGGGCGAUGUGGGGCUGGAGGCUGAGCGCUUACAUGAGCGACCUGUUGGGGGCGCUGCGCCACCUCCACGCCCGCAAGAUGGCGCACGGCGACGUCAAGCCCAGCAACGCGCUGUUGGAUGGAGGCCGGUGUCUGCUGGCGGAUUUCGGGUGCGGGGUCGGAGGAGGAGCCGGGCGUUACGCCGCGCCGGAGGUGGCGGCCAUGGCAGGGGGGGACGGCGCGACGGCGGAGGCGGAUGUGUUCAGUUUGGGGCUGACGGUGGCCGAGGUGGCGCUGGGGGAGCGGGCGGCGGAUGGGGAGACGUGGAGGGAGCUGAGGGGGGGGCGGCUGCCCCACGUGCUGCGCGAAGGUGGGUCCCGGGGGGGGCGGGGGGUGGGGGACGUCGGGGCAGG